AGCUGCGACUAUAUACGUUUGAUGGAAAGUUAGUGCUGCUUAGCUUUGCGUUCAUUGUUGUGUUUGUGUCAGUGCGUUUUGCAAAUUGAAAAAUAAUUUUUUGAUUACAAAAUACAAUCAAAUCAUUCACUUCCUGUAUUAAAAUUAUGCUACUGCAGUGAAACUACAUAAUAGUCCAUAAUGUUGUCUAUGAGUGAAGCCAGCGGUUUACCCGGUGGUGUCGGUAUGUUGGGUCCAUUUGACAGCCUAUACGAGCAACCGAAGCCUAGAUUCAUUUUCAAAAUGCCUAGAGUCGUACCUGAUCAAAAACAUAAAUUCGAGACCGACGAGUUAUUCAGACGUCUUAGUCGUGAAAGUGAAGUCAGAUACACUGGUUAUAGAGAUCGUCCUCAAGAAGAACGUCAAAUUAGAUUUCAAAAUAAUUGUCGCGAAGGACACACCGAACUUGCUUUUGUGGCUACCGGUACAAACAUCCAACUGAUGUUCAAUACAUCGUCAAAUGGUUAUCAUCACCACCAUCAUCACAAUCAUCAUCAACAACAUAUGCCAAACAGUUCGAGUAAUGCGACCAUUCGCGAAACAGACUUCGAUAAAGAACAUGGCAAAGUGCAUUUACGAUCACAUUUCAUAAUGAAUGGAGUCUGCGUUUGCUGGCGCGGUUGGGUAGACUUGGAAAGAUUGGACGGCGUCGGUUGUUUGGAAUUUGAUGAGGAACGAGCAGCUGUCGAAGACGCUUUACUUCGGGAUCAAAUCGAACGAUAUAAUCAAAGACUUCGUGAAUUCGAAGAACGCCAAAGAUCGUAUCGAGGUGGUGCAAUGUCCUCGCAUCCGGAACGUACUGCAAAUAAUAGCGGUGGUGUCAAUGGUAGCGCAGGUGGAAAUGGCCAACCUUUGGAAAUAUUCAAUCACGGAUAAACACACAUUUGAAGUAAAUAAAGAAAUCCUUUCAAAUUGUUCCAUAACUGGUGAAGAAAACUAUAAGUAAGUACGUUUUACGAAGAAUGCCAAAGGCACUGGAUGUCAUUUUUUUGUCGCUUUAUUGUCUUUUAUUCGUAUAAUUUUUUUAUUCGCUGCCAUGCGAUUGAUUUCAAAUACUUGUACCUACUUAAGCGGUUAUUCUUUUGUUUUUUUUUCUUGUAUAAUGCAAUAUAAUUUUAGUCUUGUGA